CUUGUGCACCUCCUUUUCGGUACCUCCAUCUCAGCCCUAACCCAAAAAUAAAACAUCGCGAUUGCCCAGUCCAGAGGCUUCGCCACCCUGUCAUCAAAUCGCACGGCCCUCAUGCUCAGCCACAUCUGGAACGGCACUGCCAUGGAGUUCCCUUUCAGGCUGUUGAAGUAUCCCAACGUAUCAAAUUGGCCUGCAAGCUACUUCGGCAGGCAUACGGAGUAUAAUGCGCGGAAGCCUCAGGGGCCUGGCCCCAAGCCCCUACCCGCGCGAUUCAGCAUUAUUGCUGGCUGUUUGGAAGGCCUUCAUUUGUCCGGGUCCGAUUCCCAAACCAACGAUUCGCUGUUUGAGGACCUCGUGGAACUCGAGCGCCAGCCGGCCAGGCCCACACAUCACCCACUUCCAGUCUCCCACGCCAAUCAUCCAUUUAUGCCCUUUUAUUUCAGGCAUCGCAAAUGCAGCUACAGUCAGCGUACACAAGGCGCAUAUCCUCACCGCUCUACACGGCCCCUUCAAAGUCAAAGUCCCCUCGGUCUGAACUUUGAUACCCCACAUUUUGCCCCCCUCCACAAUUGUGAUUACGAUUGUGAUGGUGAUAAGCUAUCACAAGACGCUUGACUCUUUGAAGCCAAAGAAGUGGGGCACGAGAAAUACCCCUCCCCCUUUUCAUCAGAUUCGCGUAUUUCCUGCAAACAUCAAAAGCAGUCUUAGUUCGUAAUCCGUGUUUCGGCAGGAUGGAAACCUGAGAAUUCUCAUGGAAUGUCUUCCUUCUAAAAUAUUGAAGGCUCAGAUUAGAUUCGGGGGCUCGUCGUUGCGCAUUGUGAAGGAACUUUCCUCUAAAAUGUGGACUGACUUUCAGCCGACUUACUGUCCCAUCACGCCCUUUCAUGAACUACAUGGCUUGGGGUAUAUUUCAUCGUCACACCACGGCUUUCACGCAUUUAAA